CGCAUGCGCGGGGCGGGGGCGGUGACGGUUGGGCUCCUCAGGGCCGGCGCCGGCGAGCGUCUGAGGCGGCGGGUGGGAGCCGUGAGGCGCGGGGAACGUGGAGUGGGGCGCGACCUGAUCCCAUUCCAUCCAUCCAUCCGCCAUGGGGACGCAGGGGGCCGGCAGGAAGCGGCUGCCGAAUCGGGAACGCCUGACGGCGGAGGACGACGCGCUCAACCAAAUCGCCCGUGAGGCUGAAGCAAGGCUGGCGGCAAAGCGAGCAGCGCGGGCAGAGGCACGGGAGAUCCGGAUGAAAGAACUUGAGCGGCAGCAGAAAGAGGCUUCGGAUGAAGAUGAGCGCAUGUCAGUGGGUAGCCGUGGAAGCCUGAGGGCUGGAUUAGAGAAUGAGAGGACCAAAUGGAAGAACUACUCCAAAGCAACCAAUGGUUACGAGGAAGACAUGUAUGGAUCGUCCCAGAGUAGAAAAUCUAGCAGGAUUGAGGAGCGGCCAGAAAAGGAUUUUGAGAAGGGAGCACGUACUGUCUCAAGUUUAUCAGCAGCUACCUUAGCUUCCUUGGGUGGGACUUCUUCACGAAGAGGCAGUGGGGAUACGUCCAUCUCCGCGGAUACGGAGGCCUCUAUUAGAGAAAUCAAGGACUCUCUAGCUGAAGUUGAAGAGAAAUAUAAAAAGGCUAUGGUGUCAAAUGCUCAACUAGACAACGAAAAAACAAAUUUCAUGUACCAAGUAGAUACCCUGAAGGAUGCGCUCUUAGAGUUAGAGGAACAGCUUGCAGAGUCCAGGAGGCAAUAUGAAGAAAAGAGUAAAGAAUUUGAGAGAGAGAAGCACGCUCAUAGCAUAUUGCAGUUUCAGUUUAAGGAAAUCAAAGAGGCUUUGAAGCAAAGAGAAGAAAUGCUUGCAAAACAUGGAAUAAUCCCAGACUCUGACGUAGCCACCAAUGGGGAGGCAUCAGAUGUUCUUGAUAAUGAAGGACACUUGGAUUCUUCCAAAACUGCUCAAGGCACAACGCAGGCGUUAAAGACAGCAGGGGAUGGGAUGCUAGGCAAAGCCAAUGAAGUGGACAUGAAAAAUGAGAUUUUGGAGGAUGUGGGGAAAAGAGAAAUCUUGCAGAAUUCUGAGCAUGAGGAACACAAAGAGGAGUCUGAGAAACAGGAAGUACAGACAUUGCAUGCUGAUGAAAAUACAAAGGCAGAAAAAAUGAUUGAAGAAACUGAUGCUUUGUCGACAGUGAUGUUACCAGAUAGUAGAUUUACAGAACAAAUUCAAAGCCUUACAGAACCUAUGUCAGGGAAUGCUUCUUCAAAUGAUGGUAGUGAUGCGCAUGACUUGAGAAAGGAGACAGAGUCAGCAGAUACAGCAGCCCAGCAGCCUGUUAGUGAGGAGGCUGAACACAGUAACUUAAAUCCAAGGACAACUGAGAACUCAGAAGUGGGCUCACUGCAAGGUCAGGAUUUUGAGAGUCCUCAGGAAAUGCGCAGUGACUUAGGUGCAAAGCAUGAACUGGUAAAAGCUGCUCCAGAACAGGAAGAAGGAGAGGAGGUGGAAACUAGCCAUGCACUGAGUGCUAAUGAGAUGGAGCAAGCAGCAGACAGUGCAGGUGACAGCUGUGGGAUGGUUUCUGGCCAGCCAGGGCUACCAGAGCCUGCGCUAGCAGUCUCACUUAAUGAAAAGGUAAAUGUGGAGGGCCGUGCUGAAACACUUCAAUGCUCAGAAGAAAGUGCUGAAAACAAAGUUACAGAGGUCUUGGAGAAAACCCUUGUUGAAAGCAAAGACUGCACUGAUGGAACAGCUGAUGAAACUGGAGGUGAUAGAGCUGAAGAACAAAACGAGGUUGGGACUGCAGUUCGGGGUCAGAAAAUGAAAAGAGAUUCCACGGGCUUAGAAGGGAAGGAGUCAUGUGAAAGUGGUGCCCCAUCAGAUACAAAUGAAGAGGGAGGAGAUCAGGCACACAUCCAGCCAGUUUCUUUAGAGGAUGGUGAUGUAGCGUUACUAGAGGAACAGAAUAUGGAAGAGCAAACAGAAUUUAAACCUGCUGAGAAAGAUCAACAGAAGGAAGUAUUGAUUGGAAACUUGGAGACGUGUUCAGAUUCUGCAGAAAAGCAGGAGAAAGCAUCUGGGGAGUCUGUGGGCUCUGUUAGCAAGGUAGAAGGAAGUGCACUGCAUCAGGUAGAGCCAGACACAGACUCUGUGAAAGAAAUGGCAUCUCGGGAAACCAGUUUAGACCUAAGUUUUUCAGAUGAUAAAACUGAGGAAACAGAAAUGCGAAUAGGAGAUGCCUCUGAGAAAGGAGAGGAAAAUAGAACAGGAUACUUAGAACAGAAUAGGACAGAUGACUUAGAACCAAAGGUAGAGCUUCAAACAGUUCAGUGCAUUAAAGAAACAGCAGGUGAUACAGUGGAAGAGAAGAGUAUUUCUUUAGGAGGUGAUGCACAGAAUAUAGUUAAACAAGAGGAAGGUGGAUCUGAAGAGGAGUCCAUUGUAUAUUAUAGUGUAACUAGUGAAAACCAAGUUGAUAAAGAAGCAUUUAAAGAAAAUAAAAAACAGUUAGAAUUUGCAGACCACCAACGUGAUGGAUUUACUUCUAAGGAAGAUGCAAAUUCUCUUGCACAGAAAGCUGAGCUGGAUGAAAAUGUUAGUGAGCAACUUAGACGAGAGGGCCAAGCAGAGGAAGAACUAGAAGAUGAUGGUGACGCAUUUGAUUUUGAUGAGGAUUCAGAACAAAUACUGGAAACUGAUGAAAAAUGCAGUGGAGAAGAAGUUGGUGCACAGAGUGAAGAGAAUGACAGAACAAACAGCGGGAUCAGAAACACUGCCCAAGCAGGUGGAGCUGGAGAAACAGCUGCCAAAAUAGAAACCAGUGACACAUUGACUGAAGGCGACAGCUUACAGCAUAAGAAGGGAGAUGAGCCUGAAGAAACAGGGCAUUCUCAAGAGGAAGCAUCAUCAUCGAAAACUGAUGAGAAGGCUGAUGUGAUGGCAGAUGAAAACAAAGCAUCAGAUUCUGAUGAAGUGGAAAAAGUAACAGAUGAAAAUGUUCUAGAACAGGAUUUGGAAAAUGCUGGCAGUAACAGGGCUGAAAGCAAAGAGGAUUUGCGAGGUGGUAGAAAGGGUAAGGGUAAAUCUAAAGAUGACUGUACAAUAUCCUAAGUUCUGAAUCUCAGACCAUACGAGUUACAGGCCAUUUGAUCAGGCUCAGCACAGAAGCAUGCACUUUGCACAAUACAUCAGCCCUUAGGAAUAUAGGAAUACUCUUAAGGUGUUUGUUCUUUUUUCCUUGCAGGUAGAUCUCAUAACACAGUUUGGUCAUGUAAGUGGUGAUAAUGCAAAUAUUAAAUUAUUCACUGAUGUACCUAGCCACAAAAAAUCAUUCGUAGGUUUGGUUUUGCUGUGUCUCAGGUUAAAUGUUUGUCACCAAACAAAGCAAGCUUCACAAAGGAACUGUUCAGACUUUUGCAGUUAAAGUACUUCUAGUUUUAGUAACUGCUACUGAGGAGCUUUUAUAUGAAAUUCCUACUUUCUAGCCUAGAAUAAAGAUAGAUUAUACGAAUGUACUUGUAUGUGCAAUAGAUCUACAGUAAGUAUGUUAACACUUUGUUAUGAAGGAACUCUGAAGAUCAGCAACACUUAGAUCUAAUGCUAAAAUUUGUUGCUGAAUGAUUCAAGCCUAGGAGCCCUUUUCCAUAGCAAAAAAAGAAGAAAAGAUACUCUCAUUCCACUUUUUGUAUGUAUGUUUCUUAAAUGGACCUAUUCCAAAAUAUUGACAGAUCACUGUGAAUCUGCUUAAGUCUAAACGCUUUGGAGGAACAAUACACAAUUUGAAGGAAAUGCAACUUAUAGGUUGCUGAAAGGAACAAAUAUGUACAUGUUUACUUCAGCUAGGCACUUUGCACCACAGUAGGCCUUUUACACCAUGUCUCACAUGGUUGUUUUAUUUUUUUUUCUUAAGAAAGUGUCAAUACACACUGUAACAUGCUUAGGUUUGCUAUCCAAUACUGUACCUAUGAAUACAUAAAUAUCUAUUUUUCCAAAAAGAUUUUUGUUUAAAAUUGCAUUCCUUACUGCAUUAUAUUUUAUUUUGCAAAAUAUUGUUAUGAAAGAAUGCUUUUCUUUGAAAAAGUCUUUCCUCCUCUUUUUCUGGAGAGAAGGUUAACUGUGGAUGUCUUAAUCCUUGUGGAUGUCAGACCAAAGACUGUUGUUCCAUAUACAAGCCCCCGUGCCUUUUUGAAAAGCUGGAUUACGUUGUAUUGCUGGCAUAAAUGAGACACUUCAACUCACUGAUAUAUUUUUUCUUGCAUUUUUAUAGUACUUGGGAGGAAGAUCAUGUUUUGCAUAAUUAAUAAUUAGUUUGAGGUUGUUUUAAGCAAAGGGAAUGCAACUUGAGGAGCUGUAGAAGGUUCUGUCUGUUGAUGUUACAAAGUUGAUGGAGUUCAAAUAGACUGCAAAAUUACAAGAUGUAUAUCAAAAUGUACUGAGCUGUAUAUAAUUAAAAUAAACAUAUUUUAUACUUCAAAUUGUCUGUCCAGAGCACUCUUUACAAACUUGUAUAAAUAUUUAUUUAAAUCUUCCUCACUUCAAAAACACUUUUUUCUACAGCUUUCUUUCUCAAUUUUAUUGCUUUGUGCUACGUAGAUGAUAGAGCUGUCCUGUUAGGAGCAGGCGGCCUUUGAGGACAUUUAAUAUUUGAUGAGACCCAUAGCUCUACAUUUGUGACAGGACUGUAAACGUGUAACUCUUUUCAUGUGGCUUCUCUCCAACUCAGAACAGCUUCACUAUGGUUUCUGUAAGUAUCGGCAGUUGUUCUUACUAAGGGUUUACACUAAAUUCUAAUCUAAGAAGUCAUAGAUUCUUAAAGCAUCACUUCUUACCAUAUAGCGUUGUUUAAAUAAGAUUUUUUCCUUGCCGCACUCAACUGUAAUGUAUGGUUUAAUGUUGAAAGUAUUCUAAAUGUAUGUAUAUUUGAAUGUUAAAUACAGUUAUAUAUUUAACUAAAUAUGCAUGCCAGACUUUGCCUAAACUUGUGGAUGGGUCUAUAAACAACUCUCAUUUAAAUUAGGCAUUUGCCAACAUUUCCUCUAUUUUUCAUGAGUUUGUUUCUAAUGGGAGUGCUUCUUGAUUGUUGAAGGUGAUCUUGGUAUUUCUAGCUCUUCAGUUUUUGUUUCAGUAUAUACAAGGGAGAAAGGGAGGACUCUUAGUUGUAAAUAAUCUUAAAAGGAACUGCUACAUGUUAUACUCAGAAUUUAAUGUUAAAUUAUAUUAAAUAUUAGCAUUUGAAUGAAAUGUGUACCAUUAAAGAGAGGAGAGUGUCUUGGGGGGAAAUAACUGUAAAAUGGAUGUUUUGUGAAGUUACAAAAAUGAAAACCAUUUUUGGCGUUUUCCCUGUCAUACCUAACGAAUACAAGAAUGGAUCUAUUUUGUCUUUCUUUGUUUUUCAAAGACAGCAAAAAAAAACAAAUUUGAUCUUUUUGUCUAAAGAAGUCUAAAAUGAAACCAAGAAAUCAUGAGAUAAAUGAGGAAUCUUAUUUGUUGCUGCAGUGAGCACUGGUCACCAUAUGUAAGACUUUAAUCUCUCAGAAUAAUGUCAAACACUUGCUGGGUUCUGUGUUUGAGACCUAGGGGCACACGCAGCCUUGGGUGCCAGGUGUCUGCAUUGCUGCCAAUUCAGAGCUAGCCUCAAAUGCUUUCAAAAGCUGUAGCUGAAGAAACUUUCAUAUUCAGUAAGUAAUAGUGAAAGGCCUUGGUCAACACUCCCUUUGAAAGAGUGAUCCUGCUGUUGCCCUCAAAAUCAGUGCUGUAAGCCAGUGCCUUCUAAGUCUCCUGCUUAGCCCCGUGCUUGCUCAUGAACUUCCUUCUUCAGGGGAAGAGCGGAAGGCAUUCUAUUUUAUUCUUAUUCUUUUUUUAAAUGAUCUGACAUAAAUUGGUGGCUCCAGAGAAGUAAUAUUGUCCAGCCUGCUGCUGGCUCCUUGCAAGCUGCUUGGAAUAGCUGCUUGAAACUGCUGGUGUGUUUUCACGGGGUGCAGCCUUCGCUGCUUGCCUUCCCACCUUCCAAGGACAGCUUACCCUUUUCAGUUGCACUGACAUUAAUUACUUGAUUGACCAUGCAAAUCAUUCAAGUUAUCAACAGCUGCCUCCCUCUGCAUGCUGUCCUCAAAGUAGGAAGAGGCACCAGGUUUCUGUGGGUGAUUAGGGAAUAUUAGGUCAGCUUUGUCACUGAAGCAGCACUGUGAGUCAGCUCCUUUACCAAAGCAAUGACAAUGGUCAUGUGGCUGAAAUGUGCCUGGACAAUAGCAGAAGAUACUGGUAACCACAGCUGCCAUCAUACCACCCAUCCUGUUCUCUUCUCAGGGAGAUUGACAUAGUGCCCCACCUGCUGUGACCAGCUCCUGGGUCAGUGAGCUGUUUAGCUCCUUUGUCUAUGUAAACCACCAUCUGAUGCACUGAGUAGGCUGGGAAUCAUUUUACCAAACUGAAAUCUCAGUGAGAUGAUUUUCUAAUGAUUCACUCUACUAUCCUUGUAUGUGAAAUAUGGAUAAUGACUGUUGUACAUGGGAAUUGGAAUUAGUGGUUUUGGGUACUAAUUCAGUAGGAUGCUGUUUUCUCCUUGUGGUUCUAGAAGUCCUCAGACCCUUGGAUUGUUGGAAAAAUGUCUCCUAAAAACAAAAUAAGGUGGCUUUAGAGAUAUCUAUUAAAGUACUGUUUCUGUUUUGGUGUCGGAUUUUAAGAUAAGUGAAACUGAAGACCUUCAUCUGUACGUGCAGAAAACUUUCCAACAUAAAUGGUAAUUUUAGCAAACUGUUAUUUUCUGUGGUCUUGUACAUCCUGCUGCCAGAAUGUCAUCUUUCCCAUUGUGGUGCAGAUGUUCAUAAUGAGGGGAGAGAGAAGCGAUGGUGAGGUCCAAUUUGAAGGUUCACCCCAAAAUGCUAACAACAUUGGCUUUGCAGGGAAAGGGGCCAGGGGAAGAUGAUGUCCUUCUUACUGGACACUGGAGAAAGCAUCCUUUCAUUAGGCAGGAAUAUUUCACCCCGCAGCAGUGGUUGUGCUUAACAAGUUAUUCAGCGCUGUGCAGGACCUUAGAUGCGGAGUUGAGCACACUCACUGGCUUGGUUCUGCGCAGUUGACUGCUUGCUGGCAAGGCGAACAACGAAACAGAACUGCAAUAAACAUGUUGAGCCUAAAUAAUACUGCAAUAAACAUGCUUGUCAAACGUAUGCAGUAAGACCUAUCUGAGGUCAGGACAUCCUCUUCUGAUAAGAAUAUUUGUAGCCAAUGUUUGGUGUACUUUUGUUGAGAUGACUGAACACACUAAGGCUGUUAAUUAAUGAGGUAAAGUGAUUUUAAUUAUCACAAAAAAUGUGAGUUAACAUCUGUUGCAUACAGUAUCUGCUAAAACAGUUUCACGUUUUGCAUUAAUAGGAAGGAAUCAACAAGUAAUUUGGUUCCUCACUUCUGUUUUCCAGGUGUCUCAUUCUGUAUUGUGUUCUUUAUUAAACAAUGCCACACACAUCUAUUUGCUGAUCUGUUCUACUUCCUAGUUCAAAUCUAACACAGCAAUGAGUCUAGAUUGCCCACUGCCUUCUUGAUGUUUGACUGGUGUAACUGAAGGGUUAAAGAGAAAAUAAUGCUUUACCAGGCUGUUGAGUUGGAAAUAAAAAUAAUUUCAUGGGCAAAUGUUUUACUUGUCGUAGUACUUAAGAUAAUGUAAUGUCAUUGUCAUGCUGUUUAGCUUUUCUUUUGAACUGAGGAUUUUCAGCGCUGAGAAUGUGCAUAGCUAUGAUUAUAGGUGUUUAUGGUGAUUUUAUUGUGCUAAACUGUAAAGAUUUGUGAGAUUUUGUGUUGCAGUUGCGUUUGACCCUAGAGUUCUUGCAUGCUAACCUAAUGUAGAAGAUUAGCCUCUUUGCAUGCAGCUGGGUGCCGUGACAAGCAUGCUCUUUGAGAAUGACAUAACCUCCCCUGGCUGCAGCCCCUUCCCAGUCCUGUUGUGGCCUCAUAGCCUGUGGUACGUGCAUAACUACCUUCAUCAUUAGUUUCACUAACCUUAACGGGCCCCUCUUGUAUCAGAUGCUCUGAAAUGUGUGGCUUACUUAAAUCAGCACUGAACUUUCAGUUUUCUCUUUCAGAAAGGCUGAAAAAACUCAUAAGUGAACGAGAGUCUUUACUAGACCAGGU